UUUGUUUCUUCUCAAAAUUCGUCGUUAAUUAAAGUGGAAAAAGGACAUCGACUGAAGCAGAAACAGAAGCAAAAGCCGUGAUCGACGAGAACGACAACAACAAAAAGAUUGGCCGCAUCUGUUGCCAAAGUUCGUUAAACAAUUCAUCAGCGACGACUUUAUCAUAAUUGGACAAAGCGGAGGACAAAUUCUGCAAACGGGGCCCACUAAUUGGAUUAGUUCUGAACCCCACUAUUUAUUGAGCUCUUCGCUUCUUUCUUUUGCUUUUACAUUUGCCUUUGCUUAAGCAUUUACAUACACUAAACAGUUGGCGCCUGGCAAGAAAACGUGUAGUGUCUACCGCUUCGCUCGCUUGUUCUAAAAAAAAAAAAAAACAACACAGGCUUCAAGCUCAAGGACAGCUGUCCAAGUCUGCUAGCUGGUGACAUUGGAGCGCGUCGACAGACAACAGCAAGGACGAGGACGAACAAUUCGAACGAAAAAACCGUUUUCAAGGACGCAGCACAGCUUGUGAGCACAACAACUUUUCAAGUUGUUGUGUUCAUCAUCGGUGCCUGCGUUAGUAAAAGAACGCCAAAAUUACAUUUGGCCUGCGUUUACACCACAGCAACUAUUUCAAACCGGAGCAGGAGGAGCAGCGAGCACCCUCGCUCGCAGCCACUGCGCGUUAUUAUGCAAGGCGGUCGCGUUGGUAUGUUGAUGAGCGACGAUUAUUUUUUCAAGCAAACGAUACGCUGAGGCUUAGGUACGGACGCAGCUACUACAAUCCCAACAACACUGGUGACAGCAACACGGAUAGCGGUGGCAGCAAACCGAACUCAACGAUGUCGCUGCUGGCCUAUAACGGCGACGAUGUCAGCUCCAGCGAUACGGAGCCGGAUGCUCUGAUCGACUUUACCGCCAUGCUGAUGCAGCGCCAAAACGAAUAUGGAAAUUGGUUGGGAUGUGGCGGCAAAAUGCAAAAUGAUCACAAUGAGCAGGGCUACCAUUUGGAGCAGUAUGUGCUGGGUGUGCUCGACUUCAGCUCGCAAUACGGCAUCGACUAUAGCAUAUCCUAUACGGCAGCCAAUAUCAUAGGACGACCCACCAAAUUUCCUGCCUACGGGGAUUACCCUGAGACCUUCACAAUGCGCACCUAUGGGGAUUGGUGGCAACGUGCUCCGUCAGCCACACGCGAAAUACAACCGCAAAAUAUGCCAGCGGUCGCCACACAUGAUUACAUUGUUGUUUACUUUGAGGACUUUGUCGUACCCACAGAAGUGGCCAUUUUCGAGACCUAUAAUCCGGGCGCCGUGGUGCGCAUAUGGGCGCAUAGCAUUACCAAGAACUGGGUAUGUCUGUGGAAAGCUAGUGCCGAGGAGUUAAGCAAGAGUGGCCCGGCAGAGAGUAGAGCCCGUGAGGCGCGUCGUUUUGCGCCCCCACUCAAGAAAACCUCCAUAAUUACAAAAACGCUGCGCAUCGACUUCAACCACAGUCGUCUGCACUACUAUACAGAAGUUGAUGCUAUCAUGCUGUGUGGGCGGACUGUUUCGUUGCGCCGCAUGCAACACACUCUGCAGGAACUUCAGCGAACAGGUCCCAUUAGCUGUAAGCUGCGUUCGCUGAAAUUCCAGCCGAGCUGCCGUGACAACUAUGCCCUCAAGCUGCACGAGUUCAUCAACAAUGAUCUCAGCAAGUUCCUUGUGGACAACAAAGUUGAUGAAUCUGACGUUGCGUCGGCGACAGCAACAACACAAAUAGUGGCGUCGAAUGUACCAGAUAUUUGUUUAACAGAUCUGCCGUUCGAAAUAUUGUUAAAGAUUCUCAGUUACCUGGAUCUCAAGACGCUGUUUUGUGUGGGGCAAGUGUCGCGCACCUUCUACGACAUCUCAACGCAUCCGCUGCUCUACGGCGAGCUAAAUUUAAAGCCCUACUGGCAGUUGGCCAACUCGGAGCUGUUGUGCACGCUGGCGAAACGCGCUACCAUGUUGCGGAAACUCGAUCUUUCCUGGUGUGGUGGCUUUGGCGAUGUCUCGCCCACCGAAUUUAAAAAAUUCCUAACCCAACGAGGCGAUAACCUCACCCACCUGCGGCUCAACUCCUGUAAAUUUCUUAAUGCCACCUGUAUUGAAACAGUCGGCAUAGUCUGUGAUAAUUUGACAGAGCUCAGUCUGCGUAAUUGUGCCACGGAUCCACCAUUGCUUAACUUCUCAUGUUUGGCAAAUCUAAAAAAUCUGGAACGCCUGGACUUGUUUCAAACGGCCUUCGAAUCCGAACUACUCCUAAGCAUGCUGGAGGGAAAUCGCAAAUUGAAGCAUUUGAAUUUGGCAUUUUGCGGCGUCUCUGUAAACAUGGACAAUGUGGCUUCGCAUCUGGCCACAUACAACACACAACUGAUCUCACUGGACAUGUGGAAGGCGCAUUUCUUAUCCGCACGCGGUCUGCAGUCCAUUGCGCGCUGUACGCAGCUCGAGGAGCUCGACUUAGGCUGGUGCUUGCGCGAGGCCUCGCUUGGCGAUGGACUGUACCAGCUGUUGGCUAACUGCCCCAAGCUAAAGAAACUGUUUUUAUCUGCGGUGCGCGGCACCACCGAACGAGAUCUCGUGCACAUCGCGACCUUGGGCAAGAAUCUAGAACAGCUCGACUUGAUGGGCAUACUAAAUAUAACUCGCGAGCGCAUCUACGACAUUUUGGUAAACUGUCCCAAAUUACAAUUAUUGGACCUGAGUUUCUGCGACAACAUCAUGGAGCGCGAUUUUGAUGUAAUCGCGGAAUGGUCUCGUAUGUUUAAUGUGGAUAUUAAAAGCAGUCAUGUGCCUUACGACGCCCGAUAGAAAAUUGGAGAGUAGGCCCCGGCUUGACCCAUUUGUGAAUGUUAGAUAAUUAACCUAAGUAGCAAUUAAAUCACACCUCCUUAUCCAAAUGUGAAGAAUAGAAUUUCUUCGUAUGCUACACCUAUUUAUAGUUGUUGUUAUUACAAUGAAGACAUUUGAUAUUAGACUCCUUAUGUAUAUAUGUACUGUAUAUAUGCCAUUUGUAUGUACAUAUGUAUCUACUAGCAACUAUUUAUUUACAUAGAGUGUAUGUGAAAAAAAAAAGAUAAAAACAC